UUCCUUGAAGAUCUUAAAAAGGAAAAAAGGAACGAAGAGAAGAGAUCGAUCGAGAUGGGACGGGCUCCGUGCUGUGACAAGGCCAAUGUCAAGAAGGGACCAUGGUCACCUGAAGAGGAUGCAAGACUCAAGGCCUAUAUUGAAGAGCAUGGUACUGGUGGCAACUGGAUUGCCCUUCCUCAGAAAAUUGGGCUUAAAAGAUGUGGAAAAAGUUGCAGGCUGAGAUGGCUGAAUUACUUGAGGCCCAACAUCAAGCAUGGUGGAUUCUCAGAAGAAGAAGACAACAUCAUCUGCAACCUCUAUAUAAGUAUUGGAAGCAGGUGGUCUAUAAUUGCUGCCCAAUUACCUGGAAGGACAGACAAUGAUAUAAAGAACUACUGGAACACCCGAUUGAAGAAAAAGUUACUCGGAAGGCGCAAACAGUCUAACAUCAAUCGAUCGCCGUCUGGUCAAAGUGAGGAUCACCUCAAGGACGCUGAAGAUGCACAUGCCUUAAGCAGCUCAGCCCUUGAAAGACUCCAACUCCAUAUGCAACUUCAAAGCCUUCAAAACCCUUUCUCUUUCUACAACACUCCUGCACUGUGGCCCAAGUUGCAUCCUUUGCAAGAAAAGAUGAUCCAGACCCUCCGAUCCAUGAAUGAUCAAAACUGUAACCCUCUGAUGCACCAUCACGCUCUCUCAAGCCCUCAUCAAACAGUUGAAGGGCAUAAGAGUAAUAGUGAUGUCUAUGAACAACUGCAACCCACUUCUGCUUCUAUCAGAAUUCAGGAAGAAUAUGCAAAACUAUGCAACCCCAAGAAUAUGGAUGAGUUGGAGAAUGCUUUGAAUGGCAUGUCAUGCUCGGACGCCGCAUAUCAUGCUUUCAUCUCCACAAGCAAUCAAGUGGACUCGACUAUUGUGGUGACGGAAGCUGCCGAUGGUAUGGAGCAUUCGAACGAUGCAGGAACUCAUGAUCAUCAGCAGGUUAAUUCGAGCUUCCAAACUGAAUUUGGUGACAUUCUUAGUAACAAAUCUGUUGCUUACACACCACAACAGGAAGAUGAUCAAAUUGCUGAAUUUGAUUGUUUUAAGGAAAUGAAUGGCCCCAAGGACAGCUUGGUGUGGUGGGCUAAUGAGUUUGAUGCCAAAUCUGCAUCCUCAAACUCCUGGGAUUCUACUUCUGUUCUCCAGUCUCAAGGGAUGUUUCAAGAUUAUGAAUUGCGUUACAACCUGUAGUUAUGAGUGAUAGGGACAAGUAACGUUAUAUAGACCACAUUUAUGAACUGUAUUGGAGACUGUGCCACUAAUAGAAGACGAACCCACAAAUAUGAGUGGGUCAUACUUCUAUCAAAGAUGCAGUCUACAAUCUGGUUGACAUAUGUGGUUCAAAUAGUUUUAUAGGAAGUUGGGUAUGGUAAUUUUUCAAGGUCAUAAGAAUAUGCCUAGGGCAAAGACGGAACUGAAAUAUAUGAUGCCAUGCAUGUGUUUUGUAAA